CUGGAGGGGGGAGUGGGAUCUGUGAGCGGGCACGGACAGGUAAAUAAUGCCCCUGGCAGUGGCACUCAGUAGGCCUGGGCGGCCAGGCGCCUCAGGGAGCUGCCCAUCGUGAUAAUCUGAAGUGCAGUGCUCCUGGCCUGCUAGCUGUCUGGGAUGGCCUUGAGGGGACUGUGGCUCCUUGCCUACGAACACGGGGCUGGUGGAGCCGUGCUGUUCUCCAGGCGUUACCCCACUGUUGAAAAACGAGCAAAAGCCUUCAAUGGAGAAAGCUAUGUAAAUAUACCAGAGGACAGUGCUUUUCUUAAAGCAUUGCUUUUUGAACUUAAGCUGACAGAUCCAGACAAGAACUUUGUGGAAUAUCGAGAUAGCUGUUCUCGAAUCAACAAGACAUCAGUGUAUGCACUUCCAACAGGAGGAGGGGACCUCUGGCCUGUUCUUGCCUUUCAGAAGAGUGGUUUGAUAUAUGUUUGUCUUCCCCUUGUUGAACAAUCCUUGAAGCCACGCCCACCUCUCAUUAGCAUUAGUGGAAUCUCACAAGCCUUCGCGCUCUUGUCAGGAUUGCUGGUCUUCAUUAACUGCAGUCAGAAGAACAAAGCUGAGAUGAAUGCAAAAGUGGGUCACCUUCCAAGUUUGCUAAUGCAGGCCUGUCCUCUUGGCACCCCAUUAGAUACAAAUUUGACUGGCUUAAUAGAUAAUAUUAAUGUUUCUGUAAACCACACACAGAAACAACCAGUUUGGAGAAUUAGCGCAUACAAAGGCAAACCUCAAGUUAAUGUUUGUAUCACUGAAAAAGUCAAGUCCAUGCAAUAUGACAAGAGGGAUGUUGCAGAUAUGUGGCAGGUUUAUGGAACUGUGACUUGCAAGUGUGAUUUAGAAGGAGCUGCAUCAAAUGUAACUGUCAGCUUGAACCUCCCUGCCAAUGGCUCUCCACUCCAGGAUAUCCUGGUGCAUCCCUGUGUGACUUCCCUUGACUCUGCAGUUCUUACUUCCUGUAGUGUUGAUGUCAUGGAUGAUUCUGCAUUUAGUGGGCCGUACAAACUUCCUUUUACUCCUCCACCUGACUUAUUCAAUUUGUGCUACUAUACUUCCCAGGUGCCUGUACCACCAAUUUUGGGAUUUUACCAAUUGAAAGAAGAAGAAUUGCAAUUAAAAUUAACACUUAAUUUAAAACUUCAUGAAAGUGUAAAAAAUGCUUUUGAGUACUGUGAAGCUCGUAUACCUUUCUUUAACAGGGGACCAGUCACUCACUUGGAGUACAAAGUUAGUUAUGGCCAGCUAGAUGUAUCUCGAGAGAAAAGCUUAUUGGUUUGGGUCAUAGGACAAAAGUUUCCAAAAUCAUUAGAAAUUUCUCUUACUGGAAGUGUGACUUUUGGUUCUAUGAGCAAAGAGCAACCAGUUGAUCCAAUUUGUACUGGGAGCACUGCAUAUGUAAAACUUUAUUUUAGGAUCCCAGACUAUACACUUACUGGAUGUUAUGCAGACCAGCAUUCUGUUCAGGUCUUUUCCUCAGGAAAGCCAAAAAUAAGUACAUCCCGGGAAUUGAUUUCCUCAGAUUACUACAUCUGGAAUUCCAAAGCCCCAGCACCUAUAGUGUAUAGAACAUUAUUUUUCUAAUUUCCUUGUGAAGAAUUUUUGUAUUUGAAAAGACAGCUAACAAGAGUGAUGUUAAUAUAUUGUUAAUAAAAGAGCAGUAUUUUUAAGGAAUAUAUUUUAAUUUAAGUUCCUGAUCGGGGGGGAGGGGGAGAAACAUAUCAAGUUAAUUCAAUUAUAAUUUUAUUUUAUCUUGUUUGCUUUAAAUUUUUUAGUCUGAGAUACUGUUGCCUUGUCUAAGAUAGCUUGUGAAUUUCCAGUUACCACCUUUAGGAGUGACAGGUCCUUUGUCCCAGGAUCAGGCCCAGUAUUUAAUUUUCUAUGGCUGGGAACUCUGACGUGCACAGAUGCAACACUUACACUAUAGGAAAUCUUGUAUAUUUGCAAAUAUAGUUUAUUAAUACAUUUAGCACAGUCACAAACACCCCAAUUUCAUGAAAUAAAUAAGGAAUGUAUGUCUAUAUUUCCAUACCGUAUACGCACAUCAUUCCUUCUAGAGCAACCUGAAGUGUUAGCCAUCUUCUUCCUCAUCACCUGCACCUUCCCCGUCAUCACCAGUGGCCUUCAUUUUGGUAGCUCCAAAGGACUGCAUCUCCUCCCACCGCCCCUAGGCUGGGAUGCCACUUUUAACAUAUUUUAGGCUGACGUUAUGUUUGUUGCAUACUCGGUAGGCAGUGUUUCCUUUUCUCCCUAUUUGUGUUUCCUCCCCUUCCUAAUGGUGAAGCGUCUUUUUCCAAUGUAUGUCACUGAUCUCAACAUAUUAUCAUAUGCAUGAGUUUGUUACCAUGGACCUUUUGUGGUUGUCUAGCACGUUUAUUAUUUCUGUCCUACUUGGUUACUCAGUCUGGUCUCAACCGGUUAUUUUGGCUUUUUCUAAGUAAUGAUAUACCUGCUAAGUUUGAGUGUAUUUGGAAGCGCCUAUACAAUGUAAAAUCACUCUGUCUUACCACCAUCUAUCUGAUGAAAGGCCCCAAACUUAUGUGAGCUAAUUGUGUUAUCUGGGUGACAGGCCCCAGACAAAAAUACUAACUUUUCCAUAGCUCACUAUACAGGACAUGGCCUGUAAUUCUCUUGUGUUACAGACAAACUGCCAAUAUAAAUCUACUGUAGCUUUUAUAAUAAACAUAUAAUCAAAACUAUAAUGAAAUAAUAAAUGUAUAUAUCUGUAGGCAAGACUGAAGAUUAGCCCUAUAAGCUACAAUACUAUUUGAAAGAAUGAACUUUAAAAUAUGAUUCUACCCCUCCAUCUCCAGCCCACACACAUCUUUCUGCUGUCAUUCAUAUAACCCCCUUUUUCCGGGUUACUUGGGAGCAGGUCACACUCACAAGUGUGCCUGGGCUCCUGAUGGUCUUGACAUAAAAGGAGAUCCUGAGUAUCCCU